ACAGCAAGAAGUCCGUAAAAAGAACUGAUAACUAACUGAUGAUCGAAACGAUACCGGCACUAAUAAGCAAGGCGCUCUGAGGUACAGCGUACUAGUACCGGUACCAUACAUGUACUUUGUACAAUAACAGCUCCUAAUUUCAUCAUUUCAUCGAUACAUCCCUUCUCGCAAAAGCGGACCGAGAGAAAUCCAAGAGUUCAGAGCACCUUAGCCGACAAUGGAUCGCCCUGGAAAUCACAAAACCACCGGCCGAAGGAACGGCGACAAUCAAGAUGAAACUUCGGAGGCAGCAGAGGUGGAGCAGCAAAAUGGCAGCAUUCAUGCGGAAGAUCCUGAAGACGACGACGACGCUGCCCUGAUGGAGGUUUUGCAACGUCGAUCAAGGUUGGCUCAAGAAGAGCGAAGACAGCACCAAAGUGAACAGACUGCUGUCGACGUAGAACCAGGAAACAAGGUCAGCAGUCGGAGCUCGCAAACAUCCACAGUCGCAGAGGAUGUUGAGGUCGAAGAAGAAAAAGAGCAUCCACAAAACAAUGGAGUCGGUAUUGAAUUGAACGGCCUAUUUGUCGACUACAGCAAAGAUAAGAAGCUCGAUGGUAACGCAGCCCUCGGCAUUUCACUCGGGGCAGACCAGUGCAUAUCAGAGAACGUUCCGGAUGUCAAUGCCAACGCUACGCAGGAGAGUCUUCCAGGUGCGUAUGCAUGCGACGGAAUCCCAAGCAAUGAGGAGGGGAGUGGGGAAUCAGUGGAUGAAGAACAUGGAGUCCUCCUGGACACUGCUACAGCUCCUAUGCGUGAACCUCAACCAGAAACUCCAAUGGUGCUCGAGGCACGCCUGGCACCUACAGCCUCGUCAUUCAGAACUCCAGUUUCUGCUGCGGUUGAACAUUGUAACGACGAUGUCAUUGAAGCUGUCACAUCUCCAACAGGAGAGAACAACCAAGCAUUGCCGUUACUAGGUAUAUUGGUGCUACUGGCGGUGGUGGUCCUGAUGGUCGUGGGCCUCACAGGCGCCUUCACAUCGGAUGACAGCAACCCUUCAACCCCCACCAAACUUCCAGCUGGAGGCAAAAGCAGCAUAGGCAACCUGACAAGAAUGGAGAGAAUCCAAGAGGCAGGGGUGCUUCGAUGUGGCUUCAAUGUGGAUCGUGCUGUGACUUACUUUGAUGAGACAGGUGAACUUGUGGGCUUUGACCCCACCAUGUGCCGGAUUUUUGCAUCAGCCAUGUCUGUAGAGCCAGAGUUUGUGCCAAUGGAAGAUGGUCAGAGGUUCCCUGAGAUAGUCAAUGAUGCAUAUGAUGUUUUGAUUCGAGGGGUUACACACACUAUGGAACGCUCGAUUCAUGAGGCAACCACCAAGGCAGGCAUUGCAUUUUCCGUUCCCUAUCUCUAUGAGGGAGUCAAGCUGGCUGGAGAUCCCUUCUAUGUUGACCAAUGUGCCAACAAGAACCUGAAACAUAUUGAUGAGUGUACGGGAAUCAGAGUUUGUGUCUUUGGUCCUGACACAACGCAUUAUCGGAACUUGGCUGGGAUACUGCCAAAAAGGUUCUUGGUGCCAGUUGCGGCAAACCAAGAGAUAGGAUCCCCACUUGAGGGUCUUGUCAAUGGCACUUGCAAUCUUCAGGGGAACGGGAUUGUGGCCGAAAAGAUAGCAAGGGAAGCAGGGUAUAAAGGCCCUUAUCACGUUGGCAAAGACAUCUAUUCAAAGGAUCCUCUUGCCAUUGUCACACAUUCAGAAGAUCCAGAGUUUUCUGACUUUGUCCAGAGCAUCCUUCGUGCUCUCUUAGCUGCCGAAUUCUAUAACAUUACGAGAGACAAAGCUUCCAUCUUUCCAGAGACACAUGUCUUUGGAGAGCAAUACAAGCAUGCAUUCCAGAAAGCUCUAUCAGUUGGAGGGCAUUUUGGCACCUUGUAUGCAAAGUACUGGGAGGAACUGAUCCCCCGAAGUUCUCUGAACUUCAUCAAUGAUGGGAACACAGGCCUUCUGUAUUCGCACCCGCUGGGAGACUUGUUACAUGACAGAGGUGAUCGCCCUCUUGGGCACCGGCUACAAAGCAUUCUUGACAGGGGUGUGCUCAGGUGUGGCAUCAGGUUGGGUCGCCCAGGUUUUGCCAGCCUGAGUGAAACUGGCAGAAUUGAAGGCAUGGAUGUUGAUUAUUGCAGAGCCGUAGCAGCAAGUCUGUAUCAAUCCGAUGACGAGGCUAUUGAGUUUGUGGCACUGGAAGAGCCAUCUGAUGGGUACUCGAAACUGGCCACUGAUGAAAUUGAUGUUGUAGCAGGUGCUACUCUUACCCUCGAAAACGAUGUUCGAGAACCAGCUACUGGGUUGGGAUUUGCCUUCACUCAGCCAUAUUAUUUUGGCUUCAGUGAAAGUGAAGAUAACUUUUGUUUGGCAACCAUGCAGGAUGACAAUGACUGGGCCAUGUUUACCUAUUGGGUUGUUGCAGCAACAUUCUAUGCAGAGGAGAGCAGCAUCAAUUCAACGGUUUCAAAUAGGAUGCCGGAGGUCCGGUUGUUCGGACGUAAUCUGAAACGAUUCUUUCGGGACCCAGUCUUGAUGGUGGGUAGCUAUGCUGAUAUUUACAAACGAAAUGUGGAACCUAUCAUUCCUCGCGGGGGGCGGAACAUGCUGAAUGCCUACCCAGACCUUGGCCCUCAGCACUACAUUGUUCCAGGGUUUGUGUGACUCUGCGGUAUUUACAUGCCCCCAAGUCUUCUACGCUUUUGAAAUCAGUUCCACCGUUCCAGAAGACACCAUGGCUUUGUCGGUGGAAUGCUAAACGGACCACUCGAUACCGAUCCCAGCCACCAAGAGACUUAUGACAUAUCCAAAGAUAUAUCUCUUCCAUUUUCCUUUACAGCAGCAUUUUAAAGGAACCAGUGGUGGUCUGUGGUCUAUUCCAAGAAUUCAAAAAAUGACACUCAGAGAGGGGAGAGAAUGGUAGCUGGAGUAAAUCUUUAAUAUUCACGAUAAACAAAUGCUCUAUCUCCUGGAAUCUCCGCUGGUUUGACAAUCUUG